AGGGGCAGCGGGGCCGUGGUGGGCAGCGGGGCGGGGCGGGGCGGGGGCAGCCCCUGGUCCCCUGCGCAGCUCACGGGCAUCGCGUCCAGCUGGGGUCGGGGAGCAACCAGCUCCUCCCGACGGGAGCCAGGGGGAUGCUGGGGCAGCCCCGCAGCUGUGAGGCGUUUGGGCUGCAGCUGACGUCGGUUUGGAACUGGUGCCGGCGUCGGUUGGGGGCUGCAGCCGUUGUCAGUUGGAGCCGGUGCCGGUGGGGCUGUGGAAGGCGGCUGCAGGCUGUCGGAGACCUGUGGGCGCUGAGGCUCCGAGCCCGGUGCCGCCGGGAUGUCGGUCCCGGACGAGCUAUUCCGCUUCCUGGAGAGCUUCGUCAUGCAGCUGCUGCAGCUCCGGCCGGACAAGUGGAACAAGUUCGAGGGCAGCGACGAGGCCAGGGCCACGCUGGACGAGUUCUUCAGGCAGCCGGACAUGCUGGAGCUGGUGCUGGCACUGAACCCUGCCGGGCAGCUCCAGGCGUCCACCUGCUUCCCCCCUGCCCUCAAGGCCAAGGGCACCUACUUCGUGAAGAGGAAGAAGGAGAAUGUCACGCGGGAGAACUGCGGGGCCGCGCUGCUGGUGGGGGACAUCAGCCCCUCGCCGGUGGAGCAGCUGAUCGUUGUGGUGGAGGAGGUCGUGUGCUCCCUGCUGCUGAGCGAGGAGCAGCUGGCGGGCUGUCCCGGCGUGGUGGCGGAGGACAUCGCGCGCCGUGCCCACAGGCUGAGGAACGACAUGUUCGUGAUGGGCGGCAAGAUCCAGGGGAAACCGCUGCUGCCGCUGCCCGAGCACCUGGGCGGCCACGACGGGACCCACGCGGUGCUGGAGCGCCUGGCGGAGCCUGUGGACAGUUCCACGCUGCACUCCAUCGAGACGGUCGUCAUCGACUGGUCCCACCAGAUCAGGGAAAUCCUGGGCAAGGACUCGGCACAGCCGCUGCUGGAGGGGCUGCACCCUCUGCCCAGGGCAGAGUUUGAGUUCUGGCACACCAGGACCCUCCACCUGCAGUGCAUCAACGAGCAGCUGCUCUCGCCACGGGUGACGGCCCUGGCUGAGAUCCUGGAGAAGGCCGACAGCUGCUACUGGCCGGCGCUGCGGGCCAUGUUCCGGGACGUCAGCGCGGGCUUGCAGGAGGCCAACAACAUCAGCCUCUACCUGCAGCCGCUGCAGAUCCUGCUGGAAGAGAUGGAGCAGGCGGAGUACUCCCAGCUGCAGCCCUACAUUGACAGAGUGCUGUACACCGUCUGCCUCACCUGGGUGCACUCUGAGCACUACAACACGCCGUCCCGCAUCGUCGUCAUCCUGCAGGAGAUCUGCAACCUCCUCAUUGAGAUGACCCGAAACUUCCUGAGCCCCGAGGAAGUGAUGAAGGGGCUGCAAGGAGAGCUCGACGAGACCUUGGAGAACAUCAAGCUGAGCAUUUCCACCGUCGAGAAGCUCUUCCAGUCCUACAACCACUGCUGCUCUGACCUGCUGCCCUCCUUGUUCGCGGAGAAGGAGCCGCAGCUCUGGGAGUUCCCCCGCUCCCUCGUCUUCAGGAGGAUGGACGUCUUUCUGCACCGGCUGAGGACCAUCGAGGAGCUGUAUGAGACGGCCAUGGAGCUCCUGAAGCUGGAGAAAGCAGAGCUGGGCGGGGUGAGGGGGAACAUCCUGGGCCACCAGAUGCUGCAGAUCUACGAGGAGGUCGCCGAGCUCACCAAGGAAUUCGCUGACUGCAAAUACGAUCCCUUGGAUCCCGAGGAUGAGCAAUUGAACCAGGAUUUUACAGAGUUCCAGAGCGAGAUCCAGGACCUGGACAGGCGGAUGGCCACCAUCCUGUGCCAGGGCUUUGACGACUGCAGCAGCCUGGGGGCGGCCGUGAAGCUGGUGCACAUGUUCUCCUCGCUGCUGGAGCGCCCGCUGCUCCGCGCCGCCGUGUCCCCGCACUGCUUGGCGCUGCUGGCCACGUUCAGUGCUGAGCUGGACGAGGUGAAGGGGCUGUUCGACGCACAGACACGUGCUGGUGCUGCCGUCCCUGUGCAUGCCAACAUGCCGCCGGUGGCCGGGAAGCUGCAGUGGGCUCUGGAGCUGCAGCAGAGGCUGCAGGGGACGCACCAGGAGCUCUUCGCCAUCAACCACCCUGUGAUGACCAGCCCCGAAGCCACGCUGGUGUCCGAGAAGUAUGAGGAAAUGAUGGAGCUUCUGCAGGGCUACUGCGAGCGGGUGUACGCGGCGUGGGCGAGCGGGGCCGACCAGGACUGCCUCUUCCACCUGGAGCAGCCCCUGAUCCACAGGGACCCCGAGUCUUCCCUCAUCAGCGUGAACUUCAGCAGGAAGCUCAGCGCUGUCCUGCGGGAGGUGAAGUACCUGGGCUUCCAGAAGCAGAAGGACAUCCCGGGCGGUGCUGAGAGCCUCUUUGGACAGAAGGAGACCUUGCAGAAGUUUGUGGACAACCUGGACCUCAUGACGGGCUGGUACAACAAGGUGAAGCAGACAGCGCUGCCCGUGGAGCUCCCGCUGGUGGCGGCGGAGCUGGAGGCCAUUGACAGCCGCCUGAGCACCGCAGAACAGACCCUGUACUGGCACCACGAAGGUGUGAUGGAAUACAUUCAGGAGAUGAGAGAGAUCUUGUAUGACUUAAACACCAGAAUGCAGAAAGCGAAGAUAAACGCGGAAAAUAUCACCCAGCUCAUGGAGGAGUGCUCAGCCACUCCCGUGUUCGAGAGGAAGGACAACAAGGAGGCAGCGCUGCUGGACCUGGAUGGGCGGGCGAGCAAUGUGCCCCGGCGCUACGCAGCCAUCCGGGAGGCGAGCAGCAGGAUCGAGGCCAUGGUGCAGGAGAACGCAGAGCUGUUUAAGGCCGAUACGUCGUCGCAGAUAUGGCUGGACUACGUAGAAUACGUUGACAAAAUAGUGUUGGAUGGGCUCUUCUCACUUGUUCACAAAUCCUUGAAGCUGCUGCUCACCAACAUGGCCCCCAAUGCAAACGUGGCCCCGCUGUUCGAGGUGUGCAUGCAGCUGUGCGAUGGCGCGGUGGGGUUCCGGCCCUCGCUGGACGUGACGGACGAGAACAGCUUCCUGAAGCUGCUGGAAGAUCUGCUGGCCGACAUCUAUGGAUGCACAGCGUGCAUGCCCCGGCUGCUGGAAGGGAGGCUGAGCUACAAGGCCGAGCUGGAGGAGGAGGUGGAGCUCAGCAGGAUGCGGGAGGAGGUGAUGUCGCUGGCGGCCGAUGCCAUGGCCGAGGGCCAGGAGCACUGCGCCAGCUUCGAGCAGUACGCCGACCUGUGGCUGGAGAGCCCCGAGGAGUUCCUGCAGCACUUCCUCACCUUCCAGAGCACCCCCAGCCCCGGAGAGCCCGAGGCACCCUCACACAAAGGACCUCCAUCACUACAGCUUUUCCAGGAGGAGAUCAACGCCUGCGAGGAGCUGUGCAAGGAGGUGUCGGGCUUCGCCAGCACCGUGGUGUUUGGGGGGUGGCUGCAGAGCGAUUGCCGCCCCUUCAAGCAGAUGCUGCUGAGCGCCGUGCGCAGCCGGGGCCGGGCACUGAGGCAGCACCUCACCGACCACGUCACCAGCAGCCUGCAGGAGCUGGAGGCCUUCAUCAAGGAAGCCACUGCUGGCUUGAGCAAGCCGGUGGGAGAGGGAGACUACAAUGGGCUGGUGGAGGUGAUGGGGCACCUGAUGAGGGUGAAGGACCGGCAGGUGACCACUGACAAGAUGUUUGAGCCUCUGAAAGAAACCAUCGCACUGCUCAGCACAUAUGGGGAGGAGAUGCCCGAGGCGGUGUACCAGCAGCUCCAGGAGCUGCCCGAGCAUUGGGACAACACCAAGAAGCUCUCGUUCCACGUGAAGCAGAACGUGGCACCUCUGCAAGCAAACGAGGUCAACAUCAUCCGCAAGAAAUGCCAGCAGUUCGAGGUCCGGCAGCACGCCUUGAGGGAGAAGUUCAGGGAAAAAGCCCCUUUGUCCUACACUGACCCGGAGCCCUACAGAUCCCUCAACAAGCAACAGAAGAGCAUCGCUGCCAUGGAGAGCGACUUGGCUGCGCUGUCCAAGUCAGCCGGGCUGUUUGAAGUGGCCGUCCCAGAGUACAAGCAGCUCAAAGCAUGCCACAGGGAAGUGCGUCUGCUGAAGCAGCUCUGGGACAUGAUCGUGCUGGUCAACACGAGCAUCGAUGACUGGAAAACCACCAGGUGGAAGGAUAUCAACGUCGAGCAGAUGGAUAUCGACUGCAAGAAAUUUGCUAAAGACAUUCGGAGCCUGGAUAAGGAGAUGAGAAGCUGGGAUGCAUUCGUAGGGCUGGACAACAGCAUGAAGAACAUGAUGACGUCCCUGCGCGCCGUGAACGAGCUGCAGAACCCGGCCAUCAGGGAGCGGCACUGGCACGAGCUCAUGCAGGCGACCAAGGUGAACUUCACCAUGUCCCAGGACACAACCCUGGCGGAUCUGCUGCAGCUGAACCUGCACAAGUUCGAGGAUGAGGUUCGUGGCAUCGUGGACAAAGCUGUGAAGGAGUCGGGGAUGGAGAAGGUGCUGAGCGCCCUGGACAGCACCUGGGCCACGAUGCAGUUUGAGCAUGAGCGCCACGCCAGGACGGGCGUCAUGCUCCUCAAGUCGGACGAAGUGCUCAUCGAGACGCUGGAGGACAACCAAGUGCAGCUGCAGAACCUGAUGGCCUCCAAGUACCUCGCCUUCUUCCUCCAGGAGGUGUCGGGCUGGCAGCAGAAGCUGUCGACCGCCGACUCCGUGAUCAGCAUCUGGUUCGAGGUGCAGAGGACGUGGAGUCACCUGGAGAGCAUCUUCAUCGGCUCCGAGGACAUCCGCAGCCAGCUGCCGGAGGACUCCAGGCAGUUCGAGUCCAUUGAUAAGGACUUCAAAGAACUAAUGGCUGACGCAGUAAAAACCCCCAAUGUCAUCGAAGCUACCAACAAACCCGGUCUCUACAAGAAACUGGAGGCGCUGCAGAAGAGGCUGGCGGUGUGUGAGAAGGCUUUGGCUGAAUACCUGGAGACAAAGCGACUGGCCUUCCCCAGAUUCUACUUCGUUUCCUCCGCGGACCUGCUUGACAUUCUGUCUAAUGGGAAUGAGCCAGCCGAGGUGUCCCGCCACCUCUCGAAGCUGUUUGACAGCAUCGCUAAGCUGAAGUUCAAGACGAGCCCGGACAAAAAGCCGCUGAAGGCAGCCCUGGGGAUGUUCAGCAAAGAGGAGGAGUUCGUGCCGCUGGUUGCAGAGUGUGAUCUGUCCGGGCAGGUGGAGGUGUGGCUGAACCGCGUGCUGGACAGCAUGCGCUCCACGCUGCGGCACCUGAUCCCCGAGGCCGUGGCCAGCUACGAGGACAAGCCGCGGGAGCAGUGGGUGUUCGACUACCCGGCACAGGUUGCUCUGACUUGCACCCAGAUCUGGUGGACCACCGAAGUUGGCAUUGCCUUUGCGAGGCUGGAGGAGGGCUAUGAGAAUGCCAUUAAGGACUAUAACAAGAAGCAGAUCACUCAGCUAAACGCGCUGAUUUCACUGCUCAUUGGAAACUUGUCUGCGGGAGACAGAAUGAAGAUCAUGACAAUCUGCACCAUCGACGUGCAUGCCAGAGACGUCGUGGCCAAAAUGAUCCUCACGAAGGUGGAGAGCGCACAGGCGUUUGCAUGGCAGUCACAGCUGCGGCACCGCUGGGACGAGGGCAAGAAGCACUGCUACGCCAACAUCUGCGACGCGCAGCUGCAGUACUCCUACGAGUACCUGGGCAACACGCCGCGGCUCGUCAUCACCCCGCUGACCGACCGGUGCUACAUCACCCUGACGCAGUCCCUGCACCUCUUCAUGGGGGGGGCCCCUGCCGGCCCCGCAGGCACAGGGAAAACAGAGACCACCAAGGACCUGGGCCGGGCAGUGGGCAUGAUGGUCUACGUCUUCAACUGCUCCGAGCAGAUGGACUACAAGUCCUGUGGCAAUAUCUACAAGGGGCUUGCUCAGACCGGAGCCUGGGGCUGCUUUGAUGAGUUCAAUCGCAUCGCGGUGGAGGUGUUGUCGGUGAUUGCGGUGCAGGUGAAAUGUAUUCAGGACGCAAUUCGUGCCAAGAAGAAAACAUUCAAUUUUCUCGGAGAGACGAUAUCGCUGGUGCCGUCAGUCGGGCUGUUCAUCACCAUGAACCCUGGCUACGCAGGACGGACAGAACUGCCCGAAAACUUAAAGGCUCUGUUCAGACCCUGUGCCAUGGUGGUCCCAGACUUCGAGCUCAUCUGCGAAAUCAUGCUCGUUGCAGAAGGUUUUAUUGAUGCCAAGCUUCUAGCAAGAAAGUUCAUUACUUUGUACACGCUCUGCAAGGAGCUGCUGUCUAAACAGGACCACUACGACUGGGGUCUGCGGGCUAUCAAGUCUGUGCUGGUGGUAGCAGGCUCCUUGAAGAGGGGGGACCCCAACCGCGCUGAGGACCAGGUUCUCAUGAGAGCCUUACGGGACUUCAACAUCCCAAAGAUCGUGACAGACGACCUGCCCGUGUUCAUGGGGCUGAUUGGGGACCUGUUCCCUGCUCUGGACGUCCCCAGGAAGAGGGAUUUGAACUUUGAGAAGGUGACAGGGCGUACGGGGAUGGAGACGGGGAUGGGGAUGGGGGGCCCUGAUCCCUGCAGCCUUGCUCACUCAUUCUUCUGCAGCGUGGUGACCAGCUGGAUCGAGAAGAGGGCCGUGCAGUCUGAGAAGGCCAAUCUGAUGAUCCUGUUCGACAAGUACCUGCCCGUGUGCCUGGAGAAGCUCAAGUUUGGGUUCAAGAAGAUCACCCCCAUCCCUGAGAUCACGGUGAUACAGAUGAUCCUGUACCUGCUGGAGUGCCUCCUGACGCCUCACAACGUGCCGCCGGACUCGCCCCGUGAGCUCUACGAGCUUUACUUUGUCUUUGCCUGUACCUGGGCCUUCGGCGGGGCCAUGUUCCAGGACCAGCUCAUGGAUUACCGCGCAGAGUUCAGCAAGUGGUGGGUGAACGAGUUCAAAGCCAUCAAGUUUCCUGCUCAGGGGACAAUUUUUGACUAUUACAUCGAUCCGGAAACAAAGAAAUUCAUGCCCUGGACUGACAAAGUGCCAGCAUUCAAACUCGAUCCUGAUGUUCCUUUGCAGGCCUCCAUGGUGCACACCACCGAGACCAUCCGCAUCCGCUACUUCAUGGACCUGCUGAUGGAGAAGCAGCGGCCGAUGAUGCUGGUGGGGAACGCGGGGACGGGGAAAACCGUGCUGAUGUGGGACAAGCUCGAAGCGCUCAGCACGGAUGAGUACCUGGUGCAGUCCGUGCCUUUUAACUUCUACACCACCUCGGCCAUGCUGCAGGCCAUCCUGGAGAAGCCCCUGGAGAAGAAGUCAGGGAGGAACUACGGCCCACCGGGCACUAAGAGGCUCAUUUACUUCAUUGAUGACUUGAACAUGCCUGAGGUGGAUAAGUAUGGCACCGUAGCUCCACACACGCUCAUCCGGCAGCACAUGGACCACGGGCACUGGUACGACAGGAACAAACUGACCCUGAAGGACAUCCACAACUGCCAGUACGUGGCCUGCAUGAACCCGACCGCGGGGUCCUUCACCAUUGACUCCAGGCUGCAGCGACACUUCUGCGUCUUCGCUGUGAGCUUCCCCGGCCAGGAUGCGCUGCUGACCAUCUACAGCGCCAUCCUGGCUCAGCACCUGGCCCUGCAGAAGGUGCCACUGGCUGUGCAGAGGCUGCAGGAGCAGUUGGUGGCGGCUGCGCUGGCCAUGCACCAGCGGGUCACCGCCAUCUUCCUGCCCACUGCCAUCAAGUUCCACUACCUCUUCAACCUCCGGGACCUCUCCAACAUAUUCCAGGGAGUGCUGUUCUCCACCCCCGAGUGCCUGCGGAGCCCCACGGACCUGGUGCGGCUCUGGAUGCACGAAGCUGAGCGGGUCUAUGGGGACAAGCUCAUUGAUGACAAGGAUCAGAAGAGCUUUGGGAAAAUGCUAACAGACACGUGCAAGAAAUUCUUUGCUGACCUCAACGAAGAGGCGAUGCUCGCCAAGCCCAACAUGUACUGCCACUUCGCCCAGGGCAUCAGGGAGCCCAAGUACCUGCAGGUGCCGAGCUGGCCAUCGCUCAACAAGCUGCUGGCAGAGGCCUUGGACAGCUACAAUGAGGUCAAUGCAGUGAUGAACCUGGUGCUCUUUGAGGACGCGGUGUCUCACAUUUGCAGAAUCAAUCGGAUCCUGGAGUCCCCCCGAGGCAACGCGCUGCUGGUGGGGGUGGGGGGCAGUGGGAAGCAGAGCCUUUCCCGGCUCGCCGCUUACAUCAGCUCUCUAGACGUGUUUCAGAUGACACUGAGGAAGGGAUACGGCAUCCCGGACCUGAAGCUGGACCUGGCCUCGCAGUACAUCAAGGCGGCCGUGAAGAACGUCCCCACCGUGUUCCUGAUGACGGACUCCCAAGUGGCGGAGGAAUCGUUCUUGGUCCUGAUCAAUGACUUCUUGGCAUCCGGGGAGGUGCCGGGGCUUUUCCAGGACGAUGAGUUGGAAAACAUUAUCAGUGCCAUGAGGCCACAGGUGAAGUUCCUCGGAUUGCAAGACUCAAGGGAAAACUGCUGGAAAUUUUUUAUAGAGAAGGUCAGGCGUCAGCUGAAGGUGAUCCUGUGCUUCUCCCCCGUGGGCUCCACUCUGCGCGUGCGGGCAAGGAGGUUCCCUGCCAUAGUCAACUGCACGGCCAUCGACUGGUUCCACGAGUGGCCAGAGGAUGCCCUGGUGUCUGUCAGCAGCAGGUUCCUGGAGGAGACAGGGGACAUUGAGCCCGAGGACAAGGUCUCCAUCAGCCAGUUCAUGUCCUACGUCCACAUGAGCGUCAAGGAGAUGUCCCAGACCUACCUGGCCAUGGAGCGACGGUAUAACUAUACCACACCAAAGACCUUCCUGGAGCAGAUAAAGCUGUACCAAACCCUGCUCUCUAAGAAGAGGAGCGAGCUUACUGCCAAGAUCGAGAGGCUGGAGAAUGGCUUGACGAAGCUGCAGAGCACGGCCUCGCAGGUGGACGACCUGAAAGCCACGCUGGCGAUCCAGGAGGCAGAGCUGAAGCAGAAGAACGAGGACGCAGAUAAACUGAUCCACGUGGUGGGUGUCGAGACGGAGAAGGUCAGCAAGGAGAAAGCCAUCGCUGACGAGGAGGAGCUGAAGGUCCAGGCCAUCAACACGAACGUGGCCGAGAAGCAGCGAGCAUGCGAGACCGACCUGGCCAAGGCCGAGCCCGCGCUCAUCGCCGCGCAGGAAGCCCUCAACACGCUCAACAAGAACAACCUGACGGAGCUGAAGUCCUUCGGGUCCCCGCCCCAAGCGGUGGUGAACGUCACGGCGGCCGUGAUGAUCCUGACGGCGCCGCACGGCAAGAUCCCGAAGGACAGAAGCUGGAAGGCGGCCAAGCUCAUGAUGGGGAAAGUGGACACUUUCCUCGAAGCCUUGAAGAAGUUUGACAAGGAGCACAUCCCAGAGGCGUGUCUCAAGGAGUUCCAGCGCUACCAGGGGGACCCCACCUUUGACCCGGAGUUCAUCAUGUCGAAGUCGACCGCCGCGGCGGGGCUGUGCUCCUGGUGCCUGAACAUCGUCCGCUUCUACAAGGUGUACUGCGAGGUGGAGCCCAAGCGGCUGGCACUGGAGGAAGCCAACGCGGAGCUGGCGGAGGCACAAGAGAAACUCAGCCGCAUUAAGAAGAAAAUUGCGGACCUGAAUGCCAAUUUGGCAACUCUGACGGCACAGUUUGAGAAAGCGACGGCCGAAAAAAUCAAAUGUCAGCAGGAGGCUGAUGCAACCAACAGAGUCAUCACGUUAGCCAACAGGCUGAUCGGGGGGCUGGCGUCCGAAAACGUGCGCUGGGCUGAGUCGGUGGAGACGUUCAGGGAGCAGGAGAAGACGCUGUGCGGGGAUGUGCUGCUCAUCUCCGCCUUCGUGUCCUACGUUGGCUACUUCACCAAGAAAUACCGGGCCGAGCUGAUGGAGAAGUGCUGGGUCCCCUACCUGCAGGGGCUGAAGGUGCCCAUUCCCACCACACCGGGGCUGGACCCCCUCAGCCUCCUCACCGAUGCUGCCGACGUGGCCACGUGGAGCAACCAGGGGCUGCCCAGCGACCGCACCUCCACCGAGAACGCCACCAUCCUCUGCAACACGGAGCGGUGGCCGCUGGUGGUGGACGCUCAGCUGCAGGGCAUCAAGUGGAUCAGGAACAAAUAUGGGGAGCGGCUGAAGGCCAUCCGGCUGGGCCAGAGGAGCUACCUGGACACCAUUGAGCAGGCGGUUUCCGAAGGACACACGCUGCUGAUUGAGGACAUUGGCGAGACAGUGGAGCCGGUGCUGGACCACCUGCUGGGCAGGAACACCAUCAAGAAGGGCAGAUGCAUUAAGAUAGGAGACAAAGAAGUGGAGUACCACCCGCAGUUCCGCCUGAUCCUGCACACCAAGUACUUCAACCCGCACUACAAGCCCGAGAUGCAGGCGCAGUGCACGCUGAUCAACUUCUUGGUGACGCGCGAGGGCUUGGAGGACCAGCUGCUGGCCGCUGUGGUGGCCAAGGAGCGCCCCGACCUGGAGGCACUGAAGGCAAAUCUCACGAAAAGCCAGAACGAGUUCAAGAUCCACCUGAAGGAGCUGGAGGACUCUCUGCUCGCCCGGCUCUCCGCCGCCUCGGGGAACUUCCUAGGGGACACGGCGCUGGUGGAGAACCUGGAGACGACAAAGCGCACGGCCAUGGAGAUCGAGGAGAAGGUGAAAGAAUCCAAAAUCACAGAGGUGGAAAUAAAUGUAGCCAGGGAGAACUACAGGCCAGCAGCAGAACGAGCAUCCCUGCUGUACUUCAUCCUGAGCGACCUCAACAAAAUCAACCCCAUCUACCAGUUCUCCCUAAAGGCAUUCAACGUGGUCUUCGAGAAAGCCAUCCAGCGAACAGCUCCGGCUGAGGACGUCGGGCAGCGUGUGAUCAACUUGACAGAUGAGAUCACCUACUCGGUCUUCAUGUACACCGCCCGCGGACUCUUUGAGCAGGACAAACUCAUUUUCCUGGCCCAGGUUGCCUUCCAGGUGCUGGCCAUCAAGAAAGAAGUGAGCCCGGCAGAGCUGGACUUCCUCUUGCGCUUUCCUUACAAGACUGGCCUCACAUCUCCUGUGGACUUCCUGCAGCCCCAGGGCUGGGGUGGCAUCAAGGUCCUCUCAGAGAUGGAUGAGUUCAAGAACCUGGACAGCGACAUCGAGGGCUCUGCCAAGCGAUGGAAGAAGUUUGUCGAGUCCGAGGUGCCCGAGAAGGAGGUGUUCCCCAAGGAGUGGAAGAACAAAACGGCGCUGCAGAAGCUGUGCAUGCUGCGCUGCAUGCGGCCCGACAGGAUGACCUAUGCUGUCAGGAACUUCGUGGAAGAGAAGAUGGGCAGCAAGUUUGUGGAAGGCAGAAGCGUGGAGUUCUCCAAGUCGUACGAAGAGAGCAGCCCCUCCACGCCUGUGUUUUUCAUUCUCUCCCCUGGAGUUGACCCUCUGAAGGACGUGGAAGCACUGGGCAAGAAGCUGAACUUCACCAUCGACAAUGGGAGGAUCCACAACGUGUCGCUGGGGCAGGGCCAGGAGGUGGUGGCAGAGCAGGCGCUGGAGGUGGCAGCAGUAGAGGGGCACUGGGUCAUCCUGCAGAACAUCCACCUGGUGGCCCGCUGGCUGGGCACACUGGAGAAGCACGUGGAGCGGCACAGCACGGGCAGCCACCCCGACUACCGCGUGUUCAUGAGCGCCGAGCCCGCGCCCAGCCCCGAGGCACACAUCAUCCCACAGGGGCUGCUGGAGAACGCCAUCAAGAUCACCAACGAGCCGCCCACCGGCAUGCACGCCAACCUGCACAAAGCCCUCGACCUCUUCUCCCAGGACACGCUGGAGAUGUGCAGCAAAGAGAUCGAGUUCAAGUGCAUCCUGUUUGCGCUCUGCUACUUCCACGCGGUGGUGGCGGAGCGGCGCAAGUUUGGCGCUCAGGGCUGGAACCGCUCCUACCCCUUCAACAACGGGGACCUGACCAUCUCCAUUAACGUCCUGUACAAUUACCUGGAGGCCAACCCCAAGGUGCCAUGGGACGACCUCCGUUACCUCUUUGGUGAAAUCAUGUACGGAGGGCACAUCACAGACGACUGGGACCGGCGACUGUGCCGCACCUACCUGAGCGAAUACAUCAGUGUAGAGAUGCUGGAUGGGGAGCUGUACCUGGCUCCAGGGUUCCUGAUCCCACCCAGCCUAGAUUACAAGGGCUACCACGAGUACAUCAACGACAACUUGCCACCAGAGAGCCCCUACCUGUACGGCCUCCAUCCCAACGCCGAGAUCGGCUUCCUGACCGUCACCUCCGAGAGGCUCUUCCGGACAGUUCUGGAAAUGCAGCCCAAGGAAUCAGACUCUGGAGGCGGCUCAGGUGCCUCCCGUGAAGAAAAGGUGAAGUCAGUCUUAGACGAGAUCAUCGAGAAGCUGCCGGAGCCCUUCAACAUGGCAGAGAUCAUGGCUAAAGCAGAGGACAAGACCCCCUACGUGGUGGUUGCCUUCCAGGAAUGUGAAAGAAUGAAUAUCCUGACCCACGAAAUCAGGCGCUCUUUGAGGGAAUUAGAUCUGGGGCUCAAGGGAGAACUAACGAUUACGUCAGACAUGGAAGAGCUGGCCAACGCUCUCUUCUAUGACAGCGUGCCUGAAUCUUGGACGCGUUAUGCCUACCCCUCUCUUCUCAGCUUAGGAGCGUGGUACGCAGACCUGCUCCUUCGCAUUAGGGAACUAGAAAUCUGGACAACGGACUUUGUGCUGCCUGUGACUGUGUGGCUGGCAGGGUUCUUCAAUCCCCAGUCUUUCCUCACCGCUAUCAUGCAGUCCAUGGCUAGGAAAAAUGAAUGGCCACUGGACAAGAUGUGCCUUGCAGUGGAAGUGACCAAGAAAAACCGUGAGGAUAUGACAGCUCCACCCAGAGAAGGCUCCUAUGUACACGGAUUAUUCAUGGAAGGUGCUCGAUGGGAUAUCCCUUCCGGGUCCAUCGCAGAUGCUCGACUGAAGGAGCUGACGCCCAUGAUGCCAGUCAUCUUCAUCAGAGCCAUCCCCGUGGACCGCAUGGACACCAAGAACGUCUACGAAUGUCCUGUCUAUAAGACACGGACGCGAGGUCCCACCUAUGUCUGGACCUUUAACCUAAAGACAAAAGAAAAAGCUGCCAAGUGGAUCCUUGCUGCUGUCGCUCUGCUUUUGCAGUCCUAAACCUGCAUGGCUAUGGAAAGCAGCAAAUAGUUUUACUUGCCAAAAGCCCCUUGUGUAACUUCGACUAAGUUUGGUUGCACCACAACUAUUUAAGCAAAGUUCAUUAAUAAAGACAGUGCUGGAA